UUUCUCUGUCUCUUAAUUGCCCCGCCAUGAUCAACGAAUCGCACGGAAAUUCCAAUUCGACUCGUGGGUUAGUAGAUAAAUUUUGUUUGAACUAAGUUUUGCUUUCUCUCGUUUCAUGGGGUCCUAUGAACCAUCAGCAGCCGGCGCCGCCUCCUCCAAUGGUAGCUCCUCCAGCUCUGGAACCAAGCCGACGGAGAUGGACGGCCUCCUAGCUGGGGGAUACAAAGUCAAGUCGUCGGAGCUCCAUCAAGUUGCUCGACGUCUCGAGCGGCUCGAGAAUGUAAUGGUCAACUCCGCGGCUGACAUUUCUCAACUCGCUUCCGAUACUGUACACUACGACCCCUCCGAUAUCGGCUCUUGGGUUGACACUCUGCUCACUGAAUUGAACCAGACCGUUUCUCUGCCGUGUGAUCUGUUGGAAUUGCCGGAUCUCCCAAAUUAUCCGUUGCUUGAAGAAACGACGGUCGAUAAUUGCUGGGUUGUGGCUCAGAAUGAUCAGAGCCCUCAUAGCUUCACUCCUCAGCAGCAGCAAUUUCAGCAAUUGACGAUGGUGACAUCGAUGGAAGAGAACUCCGGGAUAAGGCUGGUCCACAUGUUGAUGACCUGUGCGGAUUCUCUUCAACGUGGCGAGCUAGCUAUUGCCGGCUCGCUUAUCGAGGACAUGCAGGGUUUGUUGGCGCAUGUGAACACCAGCUGUGGCAUAGGAAAAGUCGCCGGAUGUUUCAUCGACGCCCUGAGCCGCCGGAUCUUCAAGCCACGGACCACCGGCACUGGUUCCUCCUGCACCGGCUCGCCUUAUGAGGACGAGGUUUUGUACCAUCACUAUUACGAGGCUUGUCCUUACCUCAAGUUCGCUCACUUCACGGCUAAUCAAGCCAUCCUGGAAGCUUUCAACGGCCAGGAUUACGUCCAUGUCAUCGACUUCAACCUCAUGCACGGCCUCCAGUGGCCGGCCUUGAUUCAAGCUUUGGCCCUCCGUUCCGGUGGGCCCCCCUUACUGAGGUUGACGGGCAUUGGCCCGCCGUCUCCGGACGGCCGAGACAGUCUCCGUGAAAUUGGUCUGCGACUCGCUGAGUUAGCUCGGCCAGCAUGCUCUUGA